AAAGGUUCGCCCCAUAUGAACUCAGUGAGAAUUGAAGGAGACAUUAUUUUAGGAGGUCUCUUUCCUGUCCAUGGUAGGGGUAGUGAUGGCAGAGCCUGUGGAGAACUUAAGAAGGAGAAGGGCAUACACCGUUUAGAAGCCAUGCUCUAUGCACUUGACCGCAUCAAUGCUGAUUCUGAUCUUCUGCCAAAUAUCACACUGGGUGCCAGGGUUCUUGACACCUGUUCCCGAGACACCCAUGCACUGGAGCAGUCCCUUAGCUUUGUUCAGCCUCUUAUAGACAAGGACAGGACAGAAGUACGGUGUCUGAGUGGAGGGAAUCCUAUUAUUGCACAACCAGAAAGAGUAGUGGGUGUAGUUGGAGCAUCUUCCAGCUCUGUUUCCAUCAUGGUGGCUAAUAUUUUAAGACUUUUCAAGAUACCGCAGGUGAGUUAUGCCUCCACAGCUCCAGACCUCAGCGAUAACAGCCGCUACGAUUUCUUCUCCCGUGUGGUCCCAUCUGAUACUUAUCAAGCUCAAGCCAUGGUGGAUAUAGUCAAGGCCUUAAAGUGGAAUUAUGUGUCCACUCUGGCGUCUGAGGGCAGCUACGGCGAGAGCGGAGUGGAGGCCUUUAUUCAGAAAUCCAGAGAGGAUGGCAGUGUUUGCGUGGCACAGUCAAUCAAGAUCCCAAGAGAACCCAAGGCUGGUGAAUUUGACAAGAUAAUUCGCCUCCUUCUGGAAGCAUCCAGUGCUCGUGCGGUCAUCAUUUUCGCAAGCGAAGACGAUAUCAAGAGAGUGCUGGCUGCAGCGAAAAGGGCCAAUCAGACAGGACACUUUAUGUUUGUUGGUUCUGACAGUUGGGGUUCCAAGAUCUCCCCAGUACUACAGCAAGAGGAAGUGGCAGAGGGAGCUGUCACCAUCCUGCCACAGAGGGUGGCAGUGAGAGGGUUUGACCGUUAUUUUACCAGUCGAACAUUAGAUAAUAACAGAAGGAAUGUUUGGUUUGCUGAGUUCUGGGAAGAUAAUUUCCAUUGCAGGCUGAGCCGUAACUCCCCGCGCAGAGGAGGUCAUGGAAAGAAAUGCACCAGUCAGGAGCGGAUAGGUGUGAGCUCUACGUAUGAACAGGAAGGGAAGGUGCAGUUUGUUAUUGAUGCAGUAUACACCAUAGCUCAUGCCCUACACAACAUGCAUAAAGCGGUUUGCCCUGGCAGUGUUGGGCUGUGCCACCGAAUGGACCCAGUGGAUGGAACUGACCUCUUAAAAUACAUUCGCAGUGUAAACUUUUCUGGUAUUGCAGGGACCCCUGUUACAUUCAAUGAGAAUGGUGAUGCACCCGGGCGUUAUGAAAUUUAUCAAUACCAGAUCCACAAUGGCACCACUGAGUAUAAGGUUAUCGGACAAUGGGCAGAUCACUUACACUUGAAGAUGGAUCGCAUGCAUUGGCCAAGGAACUCUUUCACCCCUACGUCUUCUUCCUCCAACUACUUCUCUCAAAUACCUCCUUCGAUUUGCAGCCAGCCUUGCCGGGCAGGUGAAAGUAAAAAGGUAGUAAAAGGCAUUCCCUGCUGCUGGCAUUGUGUUCCAUGUGAUGGUUACAAUUACCAGUAUGAUACCUACACUUGUAAGCGAUGCCUCAACCAUCUGCGGCCCAAUGCCAACCAUACCUCCUGCGUACCCAUCCCGGUGAUCAAGUUAGAAUGGAGCUCUCCUUGGGCUGUUGUGCCAGUCCUUCUGGCUGUGCUGGGCAUCAUAGCUACUCUAAUUGUAGUGGGAACUUUCAUGCGUUACAAUGACACUCCCAUUGUUAAAGCCUCAGGUCGUGAGCUGAGUUAUGUACUUCUCACCGGCAUAUUCCUGUGUUAUGUCAACACUUUCAUAAUGGUAGCCGAGCCAGGCUUUGGAACUUGCUCUUUGAGACGUGUAUUUUUAGGUUUGGGUAUGAGUAUCAGCUAUGCUGCCCUCCUCACAAAGACCAACCGAAUAUACAGAAUAUUUGAGCAGGGUAAAAAGUCGGUUAGCCCACCACGAUAUAUUAGUCCAUCCUCUCAGUUGGUCAUCACUGCCAGCCUUUCUUCUGUCCAACUUCUGGGAGUAUUAGUGUGGUUCUUGGUGGAUCCAUCCCGAUCUAAGGUGGACUAUGAAAUCCAUCGCACAGUGGACCCUGAGCAAGCAAGGCGUGUAUUGAAGUGUGACAUCUCAGAUCUUUCCCUAAUCUGUCUGCUUGGUUACAGCAUGCUUCUUAUGGUCACCUGCACAGUUUAUGCCAUCAAAACCCGUGGUGUCCCAGAGACAUUUAAUGAAGCAAAGCCCAUUGGCUUCACCAUGUACACCACUUGUAUUGUCUGGCUAGCAUUUAUCCCCAUCUUCUUUGGUACUUCUCAGUCUGCUGAAAAGAUGCACAUCCAGACUACCACGUUAACCAUCUCAGUGAGUUUGAGUGCCUCAGUGUCCUUGGGAAUGCUCUAUAUGCCCAAGGUUUAUGUUAUACUUUUCCACCCGGAACAGAACGUCCCCAAGCGCAAGCGCAGUCUGAAAGCUGUUGUUACUGCAGCCACUAUGAGCAACAAGUUUACCCAGAAAGGAGGUUAUAGACCUAACGGAGAGGCCAAGACCGAGCUGUGUGACAGCAUGGAGACACAAGCUCUGGCCAGUAAAUCUACAUAUGUCAGCUACAGUAACCACGCUAUAUAGGCAACACAGAUUGGAUGAGCCUUUUCACAGUGGGAGGUGCCUAACCACUGGGUCACAUCAGCUGUCGCUCCCAUUGAGCACCGGGACCAGUCAAGAAGACUAGUUAACCCGUCAUGGGGAGGAGCAGCGCGUCUGGCGCAGACGGGAGAAACAAAGAUGGCUUCCAUUUAAAAGCAACAGGCCUGUUCAGAUAAAAUCCUUCCAACCCAUGUUUUAGGGUAGGAGGAACAUGAAUUCAGUUCCAUUCGCUCCAGU